CCGACUGGUCUCUCUUUUUCCCUUUACUUCGCCAUCAAUCCUCCUCCUCCUGCAUUCUAGAGAAAGACUUUCCGCAUCUUUCCCUAUUCUUGGACUUGUUUGAAAUAUCCUCUUCUUCAUUCAAUUCACAAUGUACGCUCCCGCUCUCCGCAAGGCUGGCAUGCGAGUUGGCACUCGCAUCCAGACUCGAUCUGCUUCCCUUGCUGCCUUCAAGACCCCCGCCGUCUUGAACGAGCCCAACCAACACUUUGCCAAGGGCAGCGCCGAGCGCAAGGGCCUUACUGAGGCUCUUGAGAAGCUCAAGGCCCAGAAGCCCGCCGACGUCCCCGUCGUUAUUGGCGGCAAGGAGAUCAGAACGUCUCCUGUCUACCAGCAGCUGAACCCCUCCGACCACUCCAGCUCUGUUGCUCAGUACCACAAGGCCACCGCCGCGGAUGUCAACAAGGCCAUUGAGGCUGCCCUUGCUGCCAAGCCUGCCUGGGAGGCCCUCCCCUUCGCUGACCGCGCUGCCGUCUUCCUCAAGGCUGCUGACCUCGUUGCUGGCAAGUACCGCUACGAGAUCAUGGCCGCCACCAUGCUCGGUCAGGGUAAGAACGCCUGGCAGGCCGAGAUUGACGCCGCCGCCGAGUUGGCCGAUUUCUACCGUUUCGGUGUCCACUACGCCGAGGCUCUCUACAACCAGCAGCCCGUUCACAACGCCAACGGUGUCUGGAACCGUCUCGAGUACCGUCCUCUCGAGGGUUUCGUCUACGCCGUCUCCCCCUUCAACUUCACUGCCAUUGGCGGUAACUUGGCUGGUGCCCCCGUCCUGAUGGGUAACGUCUGUGUCUGGAAGCCUUCUGACAACUCCGUUGCUGCCUCUUACCUCGUCUACAAGAUCCUCCUCGAGGCUGGUCUGCCCAAGGAUGUCAUCCAGUUCAUCCCCGGUGACCCUAUCGAGGUCACCAAGACUGUCCUCGCCCACAAGGAGUUCGCCUCCCUCCACUUCACUGGCAGCACCCAGGUCUUCCGUAACCUCUACGGCCAGAUCGGCCAGGGUGUCUCUGAGGGCCGUUACCGCUCGUACCCCCGCAUUGUUGGCGAGACUGGUGGCAAGAACUUCCACUUGGUCCACAACACUGCCGACCUCGACAACGUCGCCAUCAACACCAUCCGUGGUGCCUUUGAGUACCAGGGCCAGAAGUGCUCUGCCACUUCCCGCCUGUACGCCCCCAAGUCUGUCUGGCCCGAGCUCAAGGAGAAGCUCGUCGCUGAGACCAAGGCCAUCAAGCAGGGUGCCCCCUGGGAGCACGAGAACUUCAUGGGUCCCGUCAUCCACGAGGCUUCUUUCAACAAGCUCAAGGAGACCAUUGACGCUGCCAAGUCUGACAGCGAGCUCAAGCUCGUCGUCGGUGGCACCUACGACAACUCUAAGGGCUACUACGUCCAGCCUACCAUCUACGAGACCACCAACCCCAACCACCCUUACCUCAACAAGGAGUUCUUCGGUCCCAUCAUCACCACCUACGUCUACGACGACGCUGCCCCCGAUGCCUUCGCCAAGGCUUGCGAGCUCGUCGACACCACCUCCGAGUACGGCUUGACCGGCUCCGUCUUCGCCACCGACCGCACCGUCAUCCGCCAGGCUGAGGAGAAGCUCCGCAACGCUGCCGGUAACUUCUACAUCAACUGCAAGUCUACUGGUGCCGUUGUUGGCCAGCAGCCCUUCGGUGGUGCCCGUGCCUCUGGUACCGACGACAAGGCCGGUUCCCAGAACCUCCUCCUCCGCUUCGUCAACGUCCGCACCAUCAAGGAGGAGUUCUCUGCUCUUCCCGAGGUCGAGUACCCCUCUAACAAGAUCUAAACAGAUCCAACUAAAAAGCAAACAAAAAGCAACUUGAAUGGCCAGCCUUUAUUGACCAUAAAAGAGAAAUGGGAAAUAAAGGCAAUGUGACGCCCAUCUAUAUGUAAUACAAAAAGAUACGACACGAUCUCGGCCAUCCGCAGCCAUACUGGAAAGAGAAUGGAAACAGCCUUGCACUAUCCAAUUUUGUUAUGGAUCAGGAUUUUUUCUACGGAUGUAUCAUGAAAAUAGCACUUUGAUUUCUUAUUAUUUAAAACUUAAUACAUUUUGUAUCACCUUCAAGCAUUCGUUCCUCCUGUGCCCGCUGCCUGUUCAUCUACUGUGUCGUCCGUCUCGUCCUUUUCAAAGAUGUACUGCAAGUCUGUCCGCAUGGUGUAUUUUGUACCCUUUUCCACUACCGAUCCUUCAUGAUACAAGCUCUUCUGUUGGAAAAGCAGCACGCUUCCUGGGAGCGGCGCUACGGCAAUUCGUCUCUUUUCAUCGCGGGAAAGGAAACUCGUCGCGCCACCGACUAGCUCUUCGCUAGGCUCCAAGUUAUCGAGGUACAGCUGUAUCGUAUAGAACGUCUUGACUUCCUUGCCGUCCUUGGCAUCUCUGAAUGUGCCGUCGCAAUGUCCUAUCCAAACAUGUUAGCUAUAAUUCUUCUCAGGCAGCGAGUCAAGAUUCACCUUUGAAAAACUGGCCCUUGGUAUACUUGAGGAAUCGCAAUCUUGGGUUUGGGCAGUCAAAGACCCAUUUGCCGUCGACUGACAUGUAGUCGUCUGGUGUAGUCGACACCAAGUCCGCCACUCCGUCGGCUAACAGGCACCGCGCCCAUAUUCUGUUGGCGAGUUCCUGCUGAUCCCAGACAAUACGGUCGCUAUGGCGUACUCUGUUGUCGUAGACUUCCCAACCAGGCCCCAUGUUGAGCAGCGCGGGUCUCCAUGGCCCCGGGUCGGUAUCAUCCUUGCCAGGCUCGAAACUGGACUCUGCCAGCCGCAGCAGCUGGUCGCAUUCCUCGAGAGAAAGCACAUUGGAUAUAAUGGCGGCCUUGUGGUCUUUGAAUUCAGGAACUUCGGAGUUCUCAAAGUCAAUCCGUGAGCAUGCGACCGGCUCUUUGGGUGCGGAGGUUAAAAAUGUAGGGGGGAGGUCGACAUGGCGGGAGGUGUAAGCCGUCUUCAUGGCCAUCAAAGGCCCCGACGUUUUCGUAGAGAAGCCAAAUCCGAUUCGACGCAUCAUGCUGAAGUUGAGCAAAAUCUGCUGGAGUAUUAUAAGAGGCUCAAUUAAAUGUGAAAGGUUGACUGGAUUUCCAUUUUUCAAUUCGGCUCUGCAGGGCGUAGCUAUUUAUGAGAAAAGUGGCUGAGGGUUGUUAUGUGGGUGCCUAUUUGCAGCCUUGUGGUAGCCGUUGUAAACACGUUUUCCAAGCGCAAGGCACCAAUAUUACUGGUUGCCGAGGUGUGUUAACGUUUUACAUUAAAGUUAAUAAGUCUGCCUAGCGUUGAAACUACCGCCUAGCGCCUUGCUGCGGACACUGUUCCUGUUUUUUGCAUAGGUGUUGCUCUAGGCAUCAAAGAAUGGCAACAGGCACAGAUGUAUUUUUAUUGGCUUGGCGUGAGAUUAGAUUGCCCAGCAAUUUGGGACAACAUCCAUUUGAUCUCUGCAACAACCAAAUCCGGCUCUGUUAGUUGGACACUGUGUCCGCUCUUCUCGGCUACCACGAAUCGACUGCACGAAGACAGCUUCAGGAGCUCACGCUGAUGCGCCUCUCUUGUGGCUUCGCUGUUCUUCAUCCAUUGGAGUAAGGCGUUUUGCUGAUCUUUCGUACCAUUUCCAGCGGCCAUUCCGGCUUCAGUGAUGAGCCGUAUGUCCUUUGUGGCAUUGCCUUUUAUUACGACGACUGGUCGCGAACCCAUAGCCUGCGUGGAUAUCUGAUUCUUUGCCGCCAACUCUGCAGCACUUUGCUUCAGAGAUUCCUUUUCUAGAGCCCAAGUAGCACCUGUAUGAGAACCAACAUCUAAAACUUGCUGCCAAUCCUCAGCCUCCAAUUUGUGGUUCUUGUCUGUUCCAAUGGUUUGGUGCGAAUCAAACUCGCCUCCAACGACGAGAUAUUCGGGAAGCGGUGGUACAGCGCCGUCAAACAUGCGCUCGGUAAUUAUGUCCACGAAAAUUAUGCCAGAAACCUCUGAAUUUCUGCUAGCCAGGAACUCUCGGGCAAUGACGCCGCCCCAGGAAUGACAAAGAAUCAAAUAAGGGCCUGGGACGCCAGCUCGGUCGAGCAAUGUUGAAAGCUCGUCCGCUAAAACAGAUGCGGAACGAGGACCCUGUCCAGGAGUGCUGCGACCGUAUCCAGCACGGUCAUAUGUAUAGACACGAACGAAUUCCGAUGCUCGCUUUUGUACGCCUAACCAGUAGGCGCCACUAGCUCCAUGACCGGCUUCACAAAUAACAAUAGGAUCACCUGGUGCUCGUCUGGGGCCAUGGGCGGAGAGAUGGAGAUUUGCUGCUUUGACAGAAAUAUAUCCGGAUAUGUUCGAAUCGUUAUUCCAGUCCAUCGCGAUCAACGUAAUCCCGUCUACGCGUUGAAGAGCAAUCGACGCUACGCAAAGGCUAAACCUCCCCCUACCCCUCCCCCGCUUUGCUGCGAGGCUACACCAGACGAAUAGGGCUGUCGGCAAUUGAGUGCAUCGAAAACUAGGCUUGCGAUUGUUCGGUUUGGGCUGACAAAUUAAAG